CGAGCGCGAGACCGGCCGAUCCCGGAAGUGCGGAGCGGCGCGGGAGCCGGGCCGCGGGCAACGGCAGCAGCAGCGAGGCCGCCCGCCCGCCCGCUUUACCGGCCGCCAUGACGAACUUUAUCUCGGUGCAGCUCAAGAAGGCCUCGGAGGUGGACCUGGCCAAGCCGCUGAACAAGUUCAUCCAGCAGAGCUACCCGAGCGGCGAGGCCCAGGCCGAGCACUGCCGCGCGGCCGAAGAGCUCAGCAAGCUGCGCAAGAGCGCGCUCGGCCGCCCGCUCGACAAGCACGACAGCUCCCUGGAGACGCUCCUGAGGUACUAUGAUCAGCUGUGUUCUAUUGAGCCAAAGUUUCCAUUCUCUGAAAAUCAGAUCUGUGUGACAUUUACAUGGAAAGAUGCCUUUGAUAAAGGAUCACUUUUUGGAGGAUCUGUCAAACUGGCUCUGGCAAGUUUGGGGUAUGAGAAGACUUGUGUUUUGUUCAACUGUGGAGCAUUAGCAAGCCAGAUUGCAGCCGAACAGAAUCUAGAUAAUGAUGAAGGUCUGAAAGCUGCAGCUAAACACUACCAGUUUGCAAGUGGCGCUUUCCAGCACAUUAAAGACACCGUCUUGUCGGCACUGAAUCGAGAACCCACCGUGGACAUCUCUCCAGACACAGUUGGAACUCUCAGCCUUAUUAUGUUGGCUCAAGCUCAAGAAGUGUUUUUCUUGAAAGCGACAAGAGAUAAAAUGAAAGAUGGUAUUAUAGCUAAACUAGCUAAUCAAGCAGCAGAUUAUUAUGGUGACGCUUACAAACAAUGUCAAUAUAAAGAUACUUUGCCCAAGUAUUUUUAUUUCCAGGAGGUGUUUCCUGUUCUGGCUGCAAAGCACUGCAUUAUGCAGGCCAAUGCAGAAUACCAUCAAUCCAUCCUGGCAAAACAGCAGAAGAAAUUUGGUGAAGAAAUUGGGAGGUUACAGCAUGCAGCAGACUUGGUAAAAACAGUGGCGUCCCGUUACGAUGAAUAUAUAAAUGUUAAGGAUCUGGUUGACAAAAUCAAUCGGGCGCUUACAGCUGCAAAAAAAGAUAACGACUUCAUUUACCACGAUCGUGUCCCUGACCUGAAAGACCUGGAGCCCAUCGGCAAAGCCAGCCUCGUGAAGUCGACUCCCGUCGUCGUUCCCCUCAGCCAGAAAUUCACGGACCUGUUUGAGAAGAUGGUUCCAUUGGAAGUUCAGCAGUCCGUGAGUGUUUAUAACCAAAGAAGGGCAGAUCUAGUAAAUAGGCUAAUAGCUCAAAUGAGAGAAGCCACAAAUCUGGCAAAUGGCGUGCUGGCUUCCCUCAACCUUCCUGCUGCUAUUGAAGAUGUGUCUGGUGACAGUGUUCCGCAGUCUAUUUUAAACAAGUCUAAGUCUGUGAUUGAACAGGGAGGAGUUCAAACUAUUGAUCAGCUCAUCAAAGAUCUGCCUGAACUGCUGCAGAGGAACAGAGAAAUCUUAGAUGAAUCAUUAAGAUUAUUAGAUGAAGAAGAAACUACAGACAAUGACCUGAAAACAAAAUUCAAAGAACGCUGGCAGAGAACGCCGUCCAGUGAACUCUAUAAGCCCUUAAGGGCAGAGGGAGCCAAUUUCCAUAAUAUUUUGAAUAAGGCGGUGCAUGCGGACGGGCUGGUUAAAGAGCGCUACCAGUCUCACCGGGACACGAUUGCGCUUCUGUGCAAGCCAGAGCCGGAGCUCAACGCAGCCAUUCCCUCUGCCAACCCAGCCAAAACACUACAAGGAAGCGAGGUUGUUAAUGUCCUAAGGUCUUUGUUAGCCAAUCUGGAUGAGGUUAAGAAGGAGAGAGAACAACUUGAAAAUGACCUGAAGUCAGUGAACUUUGACAUGACAAGCAAAUUCCUGGCCGCCCUUGCACAGGAUGGUGCUAUAAAUGAGGAAGCUAUUUCUGUGACCGAGUUAGACAGAAUUUAUGGAAGYUAUACACAGAAAGUGCAAGACUCCCUCAAGAAGCAGGAAGAGCUUCUGAAAAAUAUUCAGAGCGCGCAUCAGGAGUUCGCCAAGGUGAAGCAGUCGAACAAUGAAUCUAAUUUAAGGGAAGAAGUUUUGAAGAACUUAGCUGUAGCAAACGACAACUUCGUGGAACUUGUUGCCAAUUUAAAAGAAGGCACAAAGUUCUACAAUGAACUGACAGAAAUUCUUCUGAAAUUCCAAAACAAAUGCAGUGACAUCGUCUUUGCUCGCAAGACCGAAAGAGAUGAACUGCUUAAAGAUCUGCAGCAGAGCAUUGCGCGGGAGCCGAGCGCUCCCUCGAUYGCGGUGCCUCCGUACCAGGCGGCGCCGGGCGCGGGUGCCAAGCCCGCCGCAGCGCCCACGCCGGCGCCCAGGACCAUGGUGGGGACUAAACCACAGCCACCAGCACGGCCACCACCGCCUGUGAUUUCUGCAGCCAGCAGCCCCUCCUCUGCACCGGCAGCCCCUGCCGCUGCUCCUGCCGCUCCAGUGGCUCCAGUUGCUCCGGCUGCCCCGGCAGCCAGCGCGCCCGCCGCAGGCCCGGCGCCCUCGCAGCCCCAGGGCCCUCCCUACCCCACCUACCCCGGCUACCCAGGGUAUUGCCAGAUGCCAAUGCCAAUGGGCUAUAAUCCAUACAUGUAUAACCAGUAUAGUCUGCCAUAUACACCUUCACCAGUGUAUCAAACCCCAGGACAACCUCCAUACCCAGGACCUCAACAACCUGGAUACCCUUUUCCUCAACAGCCUUAUUAUCCCCAGCAAUAGUGUGUUUGCAAACAAACUUGGCUUGUUAAAAAUUGGGAAAAAAUUGCAAUAAGCAUACUAGAACUUUAGCUCCAGUUAAUGUAUCAUACUGAACUGUUUGCAGUCCUUAACUCCUGUCUAUUGUUAACUGCUCAAAAAUGCUUAGAUCAGCUUUUGAUUACACUACAAACUUUGGAGGAUCUACUGCAGCAGUGCAGACUUAGAGUCAAAAUUAGAGCCUAAGUCAGUGGUCUCAAACUGUACACUGUCUUUUGACUAGACCAAAAUAUUUCUUUGCAGAAAUCCUAUAAAUAACUUUUGGGAUCUGAUAAGAAAAGCUGAACUGGUGCGUGCACUGGGUGUGAUAUAUUCUAUGAAACUAUAUAUCAUUUCCUUCUAUAUUUUAUCUUUUUUUUUUCUCCUGAGGUUAGUUAAGAUAUGCUAUUUUGUCUAAUAAUCAACGCCUUGUAAAUCAUAAGUAAAAAAAUAAAUUACAUAUAAGAACACUUUAAACACCUUGCAUUCUCAUUUGCCAUGAGAUUUUUUUUUGUCUUUUUUUACCUUUUUCUGUUGACUUGCAGUUGGCCGUAACAUAUAUGUAAUUUCUCAAACGCUUAACCUUACGACUGAAUUUUCAUGUCUUUCCUUCAAACCUGGUGUGAUUGUGACAGAGUUUGUAUUUGUGACAGAGUUUGUAAUAAGCCUUUUAAAUAUUGCUAGAUGAGGUUGUCUUGUGGGUAGAGUUGUCUUGUAACUUUGAAGUGUAUUGGACUAAAAGAUUUUCAUUACUCUUUUUAAUGAACAGUUUAAACUCCAGAAUACUGCUUAAAGACAAGAUCAAGCCAUUUACUGUGUGUUCUCAUGGGACCAGUGACUGGUAGAUAUAACUUGUUUUUUUCCUGGAGAAAACAAAAAAAGCUUAGAAAAUCUGUAAUUGUUCAAAAUAGGGAAACUAGUGAUUGCUGGAUCUUUUCAGAUUGUUUUUAAAUGAUUCAUUUUCCCUCGAAAUGAGCUCAAAACAUAAUACAUUCCCCUCAGGGACCUUCUUACCAGUGAAGGUUUUUGGUUUGUUUGUUUUUGGUGGAAAAAAAGAUCAUCUUGUAACUUAAAUGUUGGAGAUUUACUUUUAGAUCCAUCUUCUCAAGCAAUGAGUAACCUUGCACUAUAUUUUUUAUUAGAUAGUGAAGAAGGCAAGCUUGUGGCUAAUAGCUUCAACCAAAUAUUUGCUAAACAUCUUUCUGUCAUUUUUCUACAUGUUUGUCUAGUGAAGGACUCUGUAUUCCUUUAGCCCUUUACAUGACUUAUCUGGUUCUGUAGAGUAGGUUCCUUUGUGCUCCCAGUUGUUCUACACAAGAUAUUCUGGUCUUACAGAAUAGCCAUCAAAAUGUGUGUGUUAAAUGCCAUUUUUUUCCCCUUCUCUGUGUAAGUGCCUGAUCAAGAUAACAAGAUAUAUUUUAAUAUAGGGGUUUAGAGGGUGGCAGUUACUGUAGCAUCUGAGUGGAAAAUUCACUGGAUCUUGUUAGGCUUUUCCACUUCAAGCGAGCAGCAUGUGUAUCUGUAUGAGCUCCUUCUUUUGAUCUCAUUUUCUCAUUGCUCUAAGCCAUCACUCCUAUGACUUUGUGAAGACUACCUUUUGUCAAGUACUUCUCCAGCCCUGGAGAUAAUACAGAUAAAAAUGGUGAAAAGCAAGUGACACUGAUGAUAGAAACAUAAAAUGUCAAAGUCCAGUUCCAAGCAUAUCUUUUAACUCUGCAGAAGCUUGGUGAUGUGGAUACAGGAUGAAAUAGAGGAACGUAGAUAGAACAGUGCUCRAGGAUUAGGUGCCUUGCAUUUCUUUAUAAACAUGUCUAAAUGGGAAGGGACAGGAACCCUUUCCCCUAUUUUUCCCUAAUAAUGAUAAUAUAUGUAACAAGCAAGGACAAUGAACACAAGUUAGAUAGUUGUUUUGAACCAUGAAUCYGAACAUGAUCUUCCUCUUAACUGGAAAAACAGGAGACUUCCAACUAACUCUGUUGCUUCAAUGUGAGCAAGUGCUAAUGCAGUCUCCUAAAUUCUAAUUUUUGCUACCUUAGGGCCUUUAUGUUUUGGGGUAUAUUAUGUUGGCAAGUUUGAGUCUAGGCUCAGUCUAUAAAACUUGUUUAAAUGCGGCAUAAAAAUGUAACUUGUUCAGCAUAAAAAUUACUGGAAUUGAAAAUUCCUAUUAAAAUUUCAUAGAUCUGAAAUAGUGGUUUAAAGUAUUUUGCAGUUACAUUACUGCUUAUUUUACUAUUUGAAUGUGUAUAGAAAUCUGUGUAUUACAUCCAGCUUUCUCAUGACUUUUUUUGACUUCUUUUCUAAAAAAGAGAACAGAAAAAUCCAGAGAUAUGUUUGUAUCUACAUUUAAGCAUGAAGCUGUCAUGACUUCGGUUGAAAUGUUAACCUGUUCUUCUAUAGUUUAUUAAAAAAAUCAGUUAGAAAACCUGAUUCCAUGACUUCUCUCUUCAGUACUGUGGCCUCAGACAAGGGCUGCUUUGGAUGGAAAYGUGUUACGGACCCCCCCAAGUAAGUUGCUCUGUGGUGAAUGCACUUAGUGUACCCGCUACCAUGAGGCUGUACAGAUGCAGUUGCUUCACUGUACAGCUGCUGCCCUCUAACAGCAGCCACAUUUAUAUUCUGGUAGUUGUAUAUAUGCUCUGACUUAGUGGAGGGCAUUUUUCUUAGAUUAUACAAGGGGAAAUAGUGAUGUCCUUCUGCCUGCGUAAGUUUUGUGUUGGAGUUUAAUGUCACAAACUUCUUAGGCUGGUUUUCAUGUGACUAACAGCACCACAGUUAAGCUGGGCAAGGGGGUAAGGGCACUGAAAACUUGCCACAGAGGAUAAAGGGGGCCUGAGAGCACCCUGAAGAGUUGAUUUUUCAAGAGACUAGAUACUACAGCAUUUAUUGCACUUAGUCCAGGGACAGAAGUCUGCUUUGACGUCCAUGCUGAGGCUUAAAUGUUUAGUUUUGCCUUUUUUUUUUUUUUUUCCAACUUUCAUGAAACAAACUCUUAUGAAACCAACUAUUACAGAUUAUGAGAAAUAGAUGGUAGUUCAGAAACCCUGAACUCUUCAAGGACAAUAGGUCUUUCCUCAGUUCAAUUUCUUUCCAUUUUUUAUUUAUAAAUGGGGCUCCAGAUAAUGUGAAAAGUUAUCUCUUCUGAGCACCAUUUUUUUUACCAAUUUUAUCCAUUGCUAGCUAAUGAAGUUUCAUUCCCAAAAUAGGUUAUAAAAACUCUUCCGAUCAGCAUAAUUUUGUCCAAAUUGUGCAGAUAAGUACUCUGUUAGUUUUUCCAAGUAUGUUGAGGCAGUAUUUGGACCUGUACUUUCUGAAACAAUUUCAUCAAUUGCUAGUUAGUUGGAAAAAGUACCCAGAUUCUUUAAAAAAGAACAACAAAAACAAAAGCACUUUCCAUUAGUUGAAUGAGGUGCUUGUGCAUGGCUUUUUGUGCAUGUCCCAUUCUAAAUUGACUUGAAUUUCAGAGCAUAGCAUGUUUCUGUUACCUUGGUACAUCACUAAACUAGGCUAGGCAGAGUGGUUGCCAUUUUAAAUUCUGGCUGUAUAACACUAUUGAAUAAGACUAUCUAAAUUUUUGAGGCCUCUUUAGUUAAUAUUUUAAAAAUUGUGGGUUUUGCAAAAUUAUUACUGCAAAGUAAUCCAAAACUGCUUAUUUAU